AUGCGGCUUUUUUUGGGGUCGCAGGAUGGCGAUCACAGCAUCCGUGCAAUUAAGUGCAGCUACCGAACGCGAAUCCUGGAAGACAGCCUGUUACUGAGCGAGAAUCUUACAAUAAUCACCCUCGAAACGGGUCCAGGGACAUGCCACGCCCACGGGAGCCACGCUGAAGGAGGGGCUAUAAAUAGAGUGCAAGAAGGUGCAGUCGGUCAGUGUGGCUCACGACAGACACGGCGAAUCAACAUGAGGGCUCUGGUAAUUUUGGCAGUGCUGGGUGUGUGCUCUGGCUACAACUGGCAGGCCUCCUACGGCGGCUACGGCGUGUACGGCGCCCCUUACCAGCGGAAGUGGACCGGACCCGUGGCGGCCACCGUCCCGGCGGGCGUCGACGGUACCAUCACCCAGGUAUCUGAUACUCACGAGGUAGCCGCCGCACGCAAUGCCUUCUUCCAGGCAUACAACGCCCAGCUGGCUGCCGUGGGCGCGUACCGUUACGGUGCUCCCGCCUACUACCACGCCACGCCGGCGGUGCACGUCAGCGUAGCAGCGCCCGCCGCCCACCACUCCACCCUCAGCUACAGCGGUGCACCUGCUCAAGUCGGUGACACGCCCGCCGUGGCCGCCGCCAAGGCUGAGUUCUUCCGCCUGUACAACCUGCAGGCGGCAGCAGCAGCCGCGGCUCCAGAUCACGAUGACCAUCCUGAUUCAGGGUCAAGCCACGCCCAUCAGAGCCCCAUUGACGCUGGAACUAUAAAUGCUGUGCAAGAGGCAAGAUACAUGCAGUGCGACUCGCGACAAGCAAAGCAGGACAUCAUGAAAUCUUUGGUUGUGUUGGCAGUGCUAGGAGUGUGCUCCGCCUCCACCUGGCAGGCCACCUACGGAGGCUACGGCGUGUACGGCGCUCCUUACCAGCGGAAGUGGACCGGACCCGUAGCGGCCACCGUCCCGGCGGGCGUCGACGGUACCAUCACCCCGGUGUCUGAUACGUACGAGGUGACCGCUGCACGCAAUGCCUUCUUCAAGGCAUACAAUGCCCAGCUGGCUGCCGUGGGCGCGUACCGUUACGGUACUCCCGCCUACUACCACGCCACGCCGGCGGUGCACGUCAGCGUAGCAGCGCCCGCCGCCCACCACUCCGCCCUCAGCUACGGCGCUGCACCUGUUCCGGUCCGUGACACGCCCGCCGUGGCCGCCGCCAAGGCUGAUUUCUUCCGCCUGUACAACCUGCAGGCGGCAGCAGCAGCCGCGGCUCCAGAUCAUGAUGCUCCUCGCUACUAUUACUAAUAUGUACAGGAACUUUAUAACAUAUCAAUGAAUGUGGGUCA